AUGCCUAAGUGGCGGGGUGGGGGCGGCAGAGAUAUUAUAACGCUCAACCUGCGCCACGUGCACCGAGAUCUGCAGUUCUACGUGGGGGCCUUCAGCUACCUGCGCCACGCCCAGCUCCACUGGGACUAUUCCAACACCCAGACCGAGAGUGUCAUGUCCGCAGAACUGGGGCGCCUGCGCAAAAGCGCCCGCCGCGUACUUUGCAGUGUUGAGGUGGCCAUCAACGCCACCAACCGUCUGUACGCCAGUAAGGGCCAAAAAAACAGCCGGCGGGCCGUGCCUCUCCUACACAGUAAGAUCUUGAGCCGAGAGCUCAUGGAGAAGCGCCUGCAACAAUUCAAGACGCCACUCGUCCAGCUGCACCACGAGGCGGCACUGGCAGCCCGCUCCCUGCCCGCCAAGCAGCCCACCCAGUCCGUGCAGCUUGCCGUGGACGCACGCUUCGUCAAAUUCGAGUACGUACAGUACUUGAACAACGCCUGGAAGAUCCUUGCCAGACAGCGCAAGCAGCUCUGCCGGAAUCAGAGACAAAGACAAGGCACCGCCCCUAGGCGGAGGCAGCCCAACCAGGGUCGGGGAAGGACACAAUCGAAUUGAAGACCAAAGGAAGGAGAGAGCAGACAGAAAAAACAGAACCAGAGAAAGAGAGGGAGCAACCAGAGAAACCUCCGCUCCAUAACGAGGCUCAUUCCACCAUCCCAAGACAUUUUUAUUUAUUUACCAUUCGCUAUUUAUUAAAUCAAAGUCACGAGUCACCAGUCACGAGUCACAAAUCACAAACGAUCCAGUCACAGGCUAUGAAAACUUGAAUAUGGAAAACCUAAGUCCCCGAUCAAACAGAGACAACCAUGGGGGAAAUAUACACCUCCCUCCUCUACCACCUUCGAUUAUACUUACAUAUACAUAUACAUAUAC